AUGGCGGCGCCGUGCGGCGGCCCGGGCCCCCCCCCCGCCGCCGCUGCCGCUCCGGGCCCCAGCACCGGGGCCGGGCCACGGGUGUGCUUCGCGGCCGGGGCGGCGCCGGAGGCCCCGGAGGAGGCCCCGGGACGGCGGCAGGGCAAGGUCACGGUCCGGUACGACCGGAGGGAGCUGCGGAAGCGGCUGCACCUCGAGGAGUGGAUCCUGGCUCAGCUGACCGCGCUCUACGACUGCCGGGAGGAGGAGAUCCCGGAGCUGGAGAUCGACGUGGACGAGCUCCUGGACAUGGAGAGCGAUGGAGCCCGCAGCGCCCGCGUGCAGGAGAUCCUCGUUGACUGUUACAAGCCCACAGAGGCCUUCGUCGGGGACCUGCUGGAGAAGAUCCGGGGGAUGCAGAAGCUCAACACCCCCCAGAAGAAGUGACCCCCCCAACAUGGUUUUGGGGACCCCCCCAAUUACCAGAACCCCCCCUCAGAUUUGGGGGGGGUUUGACCCCAAUAUUGGGGACCCCUUAAUUUCAGGGUCCCCCUGCAAUGAUAAUCACCCCUCAUCCCCCCCCCACUGGUUUUGGGGGGUCACUUGUGGGUGUUGGGGGCCCCCCCUGGGGGGGGGGGGGGAAUUUUGGGGCUGUUUUUAGUUGUUUUUACAUUUUGGGCUGAAUUUUGGGGUUGUUUUUAUAUGAAUUUAAUAAACUCAACUUUGACAUUU